AGGCGCAGCGCUGGGCGGCGGCGGCGCGCGAUGGCUCCGGCUGCGGACCGCGAGGGCUACUGGGGCCUCACGACCUCCACGCUCGACUGGUGUGAGGAGAACUACGCGGUGACCUGGUACAUGGCCGAGUUCUGGAAUACAGUGAGUAACCUGAUUAUGAUUAUACCUCCAAUUUUUGGUGCAAUCCAGAGUAUUAGAGAUGGACUGGAAAAGCGGUACAUUGCUUCUUAUUUAGCACUUACAGUGGUGGGAAUGGGAUCCUGGUGCUUCCACAUGACUCUGAAAUAUGAAAUGCAGCUAUUGGAUGAACUCCCAAUGAUUUACAGCUGUUGUAUAUUUGUAUACUGCAUGUUUGAAUGUUUCAAGACCAAGAACUCAGUAAACUACCAUCUGCUUUUUACCUUAGUUCUAUUCAGUUUAAUAGUAACCACAGUUUACCUUAAGGUAAAGGAGCCUAUAUUCCAUCAGGUCAUGUAUGGAAUGUUGGUCUUCACAUUAGUACUUCGAUCUAUUUAUAUUGUUACAUGGGUUUAUCCUUGGCUUAGAGGACUGGGUUAUACAUCCUUGGGUGUAUUUUUAUUGGGAUUUUUAUUAUGGAAUAUAGAUAACAUCUUUUGUGAUUCAUUGAGGAACUUUCGAAAGAAGGUGCCACCUAUUAUAGGUGUUACCACUCAAUUUCAUGCAUGGUGGCAUAUUCUAACUGGCCUUGGUUCUUAUCUUCACAUCCUUUUCAGUUUAUAUACAAGAACACUUUACCUGAGAUACAGGCCAAAAGUGAAGUUUCUCUUUGGAAUCUGGCCAGUGAUCCUGUUUGAGCCUCUCCGAAAGCACUGAUGAAUUAUUCUACCAAGAAAACAAAAGAAGUACCUACCAUAAGCCUGGCCAAAUGAAUAAGGAAAAAGGAUCUACACAUUCAAAUAUGUCAUGACCAUCACAGGAAGGAGUGACUUUCUGGUUAAUGCUGCCAGCCACACAGAGCAUAAGGAAUGGGGCUUGUUGGAUAUUUAGCUGGUGUCUUUAUCUCAUUUGUCCUUCUCACUCUCGCCCUAAGAUGUUUAAAAAGAAAGACAUGAUGUAUAUGUAUAUACUCAAAUGCUGGAAAAUUGAGCUUUUCUUAAUGGGUUAACAGGUUAACAGUUUGUGCUAAUCAUAGAAAUUAACCUUUAUCUCUUUUUUUUUGACAAGGGUUGCAUGUAAAUUAUACUUUUCUUAAUAUUUUGUUAAAUAAUGAAAACAGCCAGCUAAGGACUAGCAAAACCCCAUAUCCAGAUGGCCAGCUAUGAGCCAGCACUUAGCUAUGUCAGCCUUCAUUUAUAUUUUUGUCAUGGUAACCUCCUGGAUACUUUUCCAAGGUAAAAAAAGAGCCAUCUGUGGGAUUCUCUUAGUUCUUCACUGUCUGCCAGGUGAGGACACCUGUACAAUGUUGUACCAGUAGCCAGUUUAAGUGUUGGUUGCUCUUUCCUUCAAUUUUUUAUGAUCUUUAAGUUGUUGCUGUUUUUAUGUCUAGGCAAACAUGAUUGGUGUUCUGGCCUACCCAUAUUCCACCCUCCUAGCAUAACUUAUUUGAAGUUACCAGUCAAUGUCCUUAUACUCUAGCUUUUUAAAUUAUGCAACUAGAGCUAAAAUGAUCAGGAUCCUAUUUGCAUAAAGCUUAGUAGAAUACUGCUUCAUUUUUUGAAGGAAAUAGAUAGAAGGGUUGAAUACAGCUCUAACUUAACUUGACUUGUAACAGAACUCCCAAAUAUUAACGUGUUAAGAAGUGGUAGUAAAAUCUCUUUGUAAGGCAGCUAGUUCUAAUUUGGACUUGAAUAUAUAACAAACUGAAUUACUUUUCACAAACCUAACACCUGCCUGGAGUAAAAACCUGAUUUGACCUUUGCUCAUAUAUCACCAUAUUUAUAGCUGUGUACCAGUUAGCAUUUUUAAUUUUUCCUGCUUAUACAUUACUACAAAAUCAAGAUUGCUUUUACCAUAUGGUGACACCAACCGAGAUUAAAUCCUGAGCCACAGCUUCCAAAGGAAAAUCAUUUUUCUUCUUAUGCAAAAGUAUAAACUUCUGUCAUUUUUCCAGGGUUCAAGGAGUAGUCUUGGCACAGAUUUAAAACCAAUACACAUUUUGCUGUUUUUCUUCACCUGCUGGCCUUAGUUUUAGUCCAAGCACUAUUUUCCUUACCCUAGCAUGCCAACAUGCCAUUAGGCAGAUACUUACACCUACUUUUUUUUUUUUUGGUAUCAUUAAUCUACAAUUACGUGAAGAACAUUAUGUUUACUAGGCUCCCCCCUUCACCAAGCCCCCCUCCCCAAACCCCAUUACAGUCACUGUCCAUCAGCGUAGUAAGAUGCUGUAGAAUCACUACUUGUCUUCUCUCCCCAUGCCCCCCAUCCACAUUAUACAUACUAAUUGUAAUGCCCCCUUUCUUCCCCCCCCUUAUCCCUCCCUUCCCACCCAUCCUCCCCAGUCCCUUUCCCUUUGGUAACUGUUAGUCCUUUCUUGGGUUCUGUGAGUCUGCUGCUGUUUUGUUCCUUCAGUUUUUCUUUGUUCUUAUACGAUGAGUGAAAUUGUUUGAUACUUGUCUUUCUCCGCCUGGCUUAUUUCACUGAGCAUACUACCCUCUAGCUCCAUCCAUGUUGUUGCAAAUGGUAGGAUUUGUUUUCUUCUUAUGGCUGAAUAAUAUUCCAUUGUGUUUAUGUACCACAUCUUCUUUAUCCAUUCAUCUACUGAUGGACACUUAGGUUGCUUCCAUAUCUUGGCUAUUGUAAAUAGUGCUGCAAUAAACAUAGGGGUGCAUCUGUCUUUUUCAAACUGGGCUACUUCAUUCUUAGGGUAAAUUCCUAGAAGUGGAAUUCCUGGGUCAAAUGGUAUGUCUAUUUUGAGCUUUUUGAGGAACCUCCAUAUUGCUUUCCACAAUGGUUGGACUAAUUCACAUUCCCACCAACAGUGUAGGAGGGUUCCCCUUUCUCCACAACCUCGCCAGCAUUUGCUGUUGUUUGUCUUUUGGAUGGUGGCGAUCCUUACUGGUGUGAGGUGAUAUCUCAUUGUGGUUUUAAUUUGCAUUUCUCUGAUGACAAGCAAUGUGGAGCAUCUUUUCAUGUGUCUGUUGGCCAUCUGAAUUUCUUCUUUGGAGAACUGUCUGUUCAGCUCCUCUGCCCAUUUUUAAAUUGGAUUAUUUGCUUUUUGUUUGUUGAGUUGCAUGAGCUCUUUAUAUAUUUUGGAUGUUAACCCUUUAUCAGAUCUGUCAUUUAUGAAUAUAUUCUCCCAUACUGUAGGAUGCCUUUUUGUUCUAUUGAUGGUGUCCUUUGCACUUACACCUACUUUUAUGAUCUUCCAGCAAGAAAAGCACUUGCCAAACCAUAAAUCAAAAAGAAUUUUGGUUGUGCCUUAGGAAAAUAUAAAACUAAAUGUUCCAACACACAGCCCAUAAGAUUGUUCUUUCUUUUGCCAUAAGAUUCUGACUUCUGGCUACAUUUCAUGUGCGGCUACCUAGGCUAUCAGACAUCUUACAUUUUUUCACAAGUUCAUUUGUUUCACACCACUGUUUCUUUGUACUUUUUACCCAAGAUGUACUUCUACAUAAAGAAUCUAUCUAUAUAGAGAAGCAAAGUCAUGUUCUUCACAACAGUGCUGUUAGUGUUGUAAGACAAGGUUCAAGUAUUUAAGUCAGACUGAGGAUGCACGGAGCAACCCUGACCCUGGUGCCCUUGAGAGCACUUGGUGGAGUGAGCAGUCCCAGCCACCACUGUUGUCACUCACUGAGUGUUGAAUACAGUUGUCCAGCACCUCAUUGGAGAAGCAGGGGUACCACUAGGUGAUCUGUAACAAUGUGGCCAAUUCUUCAAAGGCCCUGUUUCUGUUGUGAAAACAAGACAACUUGAAAGCUCAGCACAAAACAUUUUAGAAGUGUUGAGCAGAAAGCAGAGACUAAAUUCAGGCCCUUUGUUUUUCCAAGUUAGUUUGUGCCUUACACGUGGCUCUUUCUAGUGACCUAGUUGUUAGCACACUGGAGGCUUUUUAUCUGUGCCAUAUGAGUGUUAUGGCAAUACUACUGACCUUCAGGAUAUUACUAAAUCAUCUUUGUUUCAGUGGCUUUAUUUUUUUUCUUGUAGGAUUCUGGGUGUACUUUACAUGUUUGGAUUACUGUCUUCCCUUCUCUUUAUUGUCUUGGGAGACUUCCUGUUAAUUACAGUGUACCAAAAAACCUGUUUACUGCUGAGCAAAUAAUGGUUUGUUUUCAUAUCACCUGUUGUCAAAGGUGCUCAUCUGUGAGCCCUAAAAUAAGCUAUAUUUUAGAAAACAUUAAUACUUCAUUAGGAUGUGAAAGAAGAAAUUUGCUUGUACAUUUUAAUAUCCUUCCUAUGCUGCCAUUUUCACUCCAGAAAAUUGAAUUUAAUUUGGCUUUUUUUUAAAUAAGAAAAACUAGGUGAAAGGUGGGUGUGUUAAUAUGACUGGUCACUCUACUCUGCCUCCCCACCUUGGUGCUUUCAUGAAACACUGACAUCACCUGAAGUGAUCUGUUUUAUCCUUGUGAUAUUAUAUAAAUUGAUGAAUAACAGGAGAAACAUUCGGUUUUGAAUAAUCUACAAAUGAGAACACCAAAUAGCAGUAUUGGCUUUAGAAGAAUUAGAUCAAAUAUUAUGGUUUAACCUUAAUGCAAAAUUUCCAAUACACUAAGGAGAGGAGGUGUGAGUCAAAGAAAAUCAAGAGACCAAAAAUUUCAGUUAUACAUGCAUGAAAAUCUUUAAAUGCCUGAAAAAAACAUGUUCUAUUUUAAUGCCAACACCUUCACAAUUUAGCCAAUGCCCCUAAAAUAAUCUAAUAAUUUAGUUUAAGUCUUAGUUUAAAUAUUUUAAAUAAUUGAGUCCUAUGGGUUCCAUAUUACUUGCUCUUUUAAAAAAAUCAUUUGUUACUAAGUUUAACAGUUUUAGCUCUCAAUUCCACGUUUACAUUACAGAAGAAAUUCUUUUAUCCCUGUGGUUUAAGUGAUAUAGAAAAACAUACAUGUAAAACCAGUGUUUCAAAGAGAACCAGUUAGAAUUUGCAACUGUGGCAAUUGCAUAUCUACCUCUGUCUUAUAUUUUGCAUCAUAUCAGUGCCAUAAUAUAAUCAGUUUGAUCAUUUUGUCGCAGCUUAUUUACUAUGCUGUUAAACAUUCAGAAAUAAUGACUAAAACUUGGCUAAAAGUAGUUAAACCCCUUGGUAUAGGGGGCUGUAAAAUGAAAAAUAAGAACACUUACGACCUCUCUAACUGGAAAAUUUCAGUGUUGUUUUUUAAACUGUUGCACUUCGUUUAAGAAUGGAAACUUUUUUUUCCAUGUCUAACUGUGGUUGCUAAAUGGGGGCAAUUUAUUGCUGAGGUUUAUGUGAGCAUGCCACUGGACUUAACAAUUUCUCCUGCUGGGGAGGAAAAAACCUCUCCUCUGCCCUCUAAGAUUCAGUAGUGGGGAGGAGCCUGUGAAUUAAACUGACAAAAGACAAAAUAGAAAGAGAAAAGGCAGGGUUUUUUAUUCGGGGAAAGAGGUGACUCAAAGAGGUAGAAUUGGAGGUUUACCUACAUCUUAUUAAAGGAAUGGGAGGAGAAAAGACUUUAUGGGGAAACAAAUCACUUAUUCAUAGUGGAAAGGGGAUGGGGAAAGAAAGGGCACUUAUGGAAGACUAUUCAUGACAAUUGAGUUCUUUUGCGAGGUUCUGCUUUUAGACAGAUAAAGAGAGUUCAGAAAAAAGCCUCUGCCUAUAUUUGCUGAUUCCCAAAUGCCUUUGCCUUCAGCUCAAAAUAAUCUUUAUGCCACAGUGGUGGGUUCUGGACCCCUUUAUUUCUCCUGUCUAAAACUUCCCCAAAAGCUUCACAGACCUGAAACUGAGUUGGUAGUUGUGGAGAAAGGAUUUGGGUUAGGAAUUGGGAGGGAAGGGGUCUACAAAGGGAAAGAAGACAUAGAUUUAUGGAGAAACAAAAGGGAAAACAAAAAUUAGUAGUUGGAGCAGAUUAUAAAUUCAGUUUUUGAGCCCAGAGGGCAGUCAGUUGAAGGGAUUUCAAGAUGAUGGUCAUGAAGCAUCCUUAGAUGGUGGAGUAAGGAUGGUAAUGGCAGUCUUACAGUCAUGAGUAUUUCCUGUAGCUCAAAGGACCAUGUUCUGGUGAACUUCCUGAGUGGCCAAAAAUGUGGUGAUAAAUCCUUUAAAGUUAUAUCAAGUCAUCCAGCUUCAGCUUGCAGGGCUUCAGGGAAAAGGCAGUUUUGGUUCUUAGGGGUGCCAUGUCAGGAGAGUGGAAGGAAACUGGAAAGGUUAAUUACUGACAAAUGCACGAGAUGGCAGGAUCCAGUUUACAAAGAGAUGAAAGUAGCUCAAAAAGAAUGAAUAGAACUAGAAUCUGAUAAUCCACAAGAGUGGGUCAUAGUGGGUCACUGAGCCAUAAAACUUCUAUAAUCACCCCAUUUUAUCAAAGAUAAUAAAGUUAAGAUUAUUUUUGUUUGCAAAACAAGUCUAGUCUCAUCAAACUUGGCCUGAUGGUUUACAUAAGUGCAGCAAGAAUAGUUCAUUGACAACAUAGUUCUUUUUAAGUUUGUUUUGUUGGAAUUUUCAUUAGAAAUCUCAGAUUGGACUUUUAAAAUCCUUGAGUCUAGGAAACCAAGCCAAGAGCUUGCUGUCAGACUUGUGGUUCCUCUUUCUCAAGGUCCCUAAAAUAUCCUAAGCUUCCUGGGCCUGCCAGGAAAUGGCCUUCCUUACCCAUAAGGGUGGGAACCCUAUAAACCAGGUACCAACCCAGUUUUCCCAGAACACUUUGUGACCUCUGGUUCCUUAAAGUUAACCCUAUAUAACUAUUGUCAAUGUCAUAUAACUAUAUUCAAUGAGUCCCAAGUUUUGGGGAGGAUCAGGGAAGAAGAAAAUAAAUGUUUCAUUUUUGUUUACAAAGAUAUAAUCUACUAUAUUGCUGUAAAUUAUAGCUAGCUUAAAAGAAGAGGAGUUCUUUAAAUCCAGAAAAUAGAACAUUAAAGAACCAGCAAUAUUCCAAGUAAAAUAUAUAGGAAAAAUUAAAAUCAUUCUUUAUCAGUCUACUCAGUCCCAUGUAAUAAAUUCAAGUCUUUCUUGACUUGGAGUUAGCAAUUUUUGAACCAUUUAACUUCUCCAUUAGUUCUGGAGAACACUAUUCAGUCCCGUGGUAUGAUCUUAAAAUUUUAACAUGCCAUCAGAAGCGUGUACUAUAGAGUAUGUGUUGUGGUCCUUUCCAUGGGUCUCUGAGACUGUCUUUUUUCAUUGAAGAUGAAGUUUAUAGCUGAUUAUUAUGAGAGUUUUCAGGAAAACAUCAGAGUAAAACAAUAUCUGUGGAUGACAAAAGGCUUCAAAUGGUCAUGGCUAAAUAGCUGAUGAGUGUUCAUUAUAAUGUAAUUGAUAAGGAGAUUUGAUUGUCACUGAUAUUGAACAUUUAAGAUAACUGGAGUUAUGACUGAUCACAUUACACCAGACUAUAUCAUGGACUAUGACACUGACAAAUUUCUAGAAAUUUCCUACAAUUUUAUAUUUUUUUUUAAUUAAAGUAUCAUCGAUAUACAAUCUUAGGAAGGUUUCACAUAAACAUUAUAGUUUCAGCAUUCAUCCAUAUUAUCAAGUCCUCACCCAUCAAGCAGUCACUAUCAGUGUAGUAAGGUGCUCUAGAGUCAUUACUUGUCUUCUCCAUGCUGAUACUGCUGAAGUAGUUAUAUUAAUGACAUAUAGCCAUACAAAUAUAACCUAGGGAAGGUUAAACAUCACUUAUUUAAUGCUCGCCUUGCAACUUAACAUCAAAUCAGCCUAAUUAGUUUAACAUCUUUUUACAAAGUGAGAGAACAAAUCCUUUGAGAUCUUCCAGGGAUCCUCCUGGAAGAUCUCAAAGUCAGUUAGAUGUCUAGGAGACUUCAUUUAGAAUUUGACUUUGGGAAGUUGUCGAAAGGUUUGAACACUUAAUUAUUUAAAUAAGAUCACAGGUCACUAUGAAGUACUUCAGUUACCCAUGAAACCAAAGUGACAAUAAUUACAGUUUUUUAUCAAGAACAGAUCGAUAAUCCAAGAAACCUUGUACUUUUAACAAAGAAUUUCACCCUCUAGUUUCACACCCAUAUACUGCUGAACUCUUUUUUUUUAAGUUACAAAUAAAUGCAUUCAGUCUUAGCCAGCUUGACCAUAUGAAUUAAAUAUCUCCUCUUCUCUUUCUCUCUUUCCCUCCCUCGCUCCACCCUACCCACUUCUGCACAUCCUUUGUGACUUUCUAUACCCAUUCAGGUUUUAUCCUAUACUUUCUUCUUCUCAUUCUGUAACAACUUUUAAACAACUUCUAAGCAACUGUGUUAAGACAAAAUUACUCUCCUUUUUUCCUGAACAAAAAUACAUCCUUCAGACCUUUCAAGAUUGCUUCCCUUUAUUGUUUCUAGUAUUUAUGUUUAUAUAUAUUGAUUAGAAUUCUUAGCCCUUACUAAUCUUAACUUCCAGUGAAAAGGAGGAAGUAGACAGUUAACUGUCACGUAUCAGCAUUCCAUAGUAGAUUAGUAAAUUUAUGAAUACAUUACCUCAAUUUCUAGAGGUAUGUUUCUUUAUAGUACAAUUUUUUAAUGUGAAAGAGCACAUUUAUUAGCAGACUCAAAUGUCUUUAGACUGUAAAAAUAAGUCAGAAGUAGCUAAACUUACGUUUCAGUAUUUUAUCUUAAUUGGAAAUGACCUAGACCUAGAUAGAGAUACUGUUUCACCUGAAAUUCAAACUGAAGAUAAAACACUGGAUUUGGACCAUAAACUUUUCACCUUGUGUAAUGAAACUAUGAUAUCACAGAGGGAAAAGUGGACAACUUAAGGGAUAAAAAAUUUCUUCAAGUAACAGUCCUUUCUCAGAUAGGCAAUCAGAGCAGCUAAGGAAAAGACAGAUCACUAAAGAAUUUAGGCAGUAUUGUUAGCCACAGAAUUUCUGUUCUUGUUGAAGCACAUUCAGCCAUUUGGAAUAAGCACUACUGACCCCCAUUUUAGUACACUUUAAAUAUAAUAUUGUUUCACAAGACCUUCAUUUAUCAUUAAGUGUAGCAAAUCACUACCUGUUUUGAUUGGUAGCUAAUGUAGAAAAUGAUCACAAGAAUAUUUCCUACUACAAAACCCUAAUACCUAACUGGAGAAAUCCAAUCACAGGCCUGCAAGUGACCUCAAAUUGCCCCACUCUGUUCAGCUCAGCAGCUGUCAAUAUUAUGGCACCAACCACAGGUCACACUUUGCUCACAAUUCCUUUUCAACCCUUUGAACAACACCUGCUUCAUCACUUUAAAGAGCACAAUGUUGAUAGUUAAACUAGAUUUAGUCAUUGGUAAUUUAUUCACAAGAUGGUCAUAAGUCUGAAACUGUUCUGUUGAUGUCAGAUCUGCAGAUCAUCAAUUUUAAAUUGACUCUUCAGAAGUAACUAAGGUUGGUACAGAAUACAUUUAUUAGAGAAAUCUUAAAGAACAUAAAUAUGGUUCCCUACAAAUAUUCAUUCUGAAAUGAUAUGCACCUAAGAAAAAUGAUUAAAAUGUUCUAUGAUAUCUAUCGUAUGACCCAAGACCAGGUGUUGGCUAAAUAUAGCCAACAGCCCAAAUCCAGUCUGCAGUUCUAUGGCCUGCAAAGUAAGAAUGAUUUUUACAUUUUAGAAGUUGGUUUAAACAUGAAAAGAAAGAAUAUACAACAGAGAUGUAUGUUGACCUGCAAAACCUCAAGCGGUCACUGUCUGGUUCUUGGAGGUGGUCUCUCCUUCUCUAGACCUUCAGCAGAUGAGCUACCGCUGUACUUCUCUACAAGAUGAGACCAGUGUGUGUUUGUCAGAAUGAAAAUAUUUUACACACUCUUUGUUGGGUGUAAUCAUAGGAUUUGUGUUUAAAUAUUUACACGAUAAAAAUUAUUUCUUCAUAUCUGUUUUACUUCCUAUCAGUUUUGGCAACAGUCUGUUGCAGAGUGCCUCAAUCUUUGAAGAAACUUACAUGAUUUUGUGUCCAUUAUAAAGGUAAUUCCAUCCUAUACUGCAAAAUCAAAAAAGCUAGUUGCAUUCAGCUUUUGAGUUGACUUCCAGAAAGUUGAGAUCUUUUGACCAUUUUUUCUCAGGCCAUAAAAAGUGAGUUAUGUGGUAAUUGUCAAGGAACUAAUAAGCUAUCAUAGUCAUUAGUUCUGUACUCUUUUUUUUUUUUUUUUUUGCUUUCUAAAAAGAAAGGUCCAAAAUUCUUUCCACAAUUAGGUCUCAUUUCUUUUUGGCUCUCCUUUUAUCCUUUUUAGAGCUAAAUUAUUUAAUAUAUUUAAUACCAAUUAAUAAGUGAGUCGAUUAUAAGAAAGAUUAUUAUCAAUUUCUGUUAAUGUAUUGAUCAGGCACUGUUUACUGUCAAGCGUUUCCACACUUAAAAUAUUACUGAGUCAUUUGUCAAUGUGACCAACAGAAAAACUUCAAGCUAUUAUAAGGCUUCCUAGUUUCAUUUUGGUACAGAUGUGUGUUCUAGCACUUUAAUAAACAUAGGUUGUACUGAAUCUAUACAAGGAACUAACCAUUUUCAGGUGAUCUCAGAUCUGCUUAUUCAUUUUUUCCAUUUAAUUUGCCAAUGCACAUUUUCUAGAAGAUAGUAAAAUUAUGUAUUUUCCUGUAAUCUGCUAUAAUCGAGGCUGUAUUUUAGCAUUAAUUACCUCUCUGUAAGCGAAAGUAUUAAAUGAUACUGUUUUGAACAAGA